UCAGUGAAUCAAGAGCAUGGCUUCUGGUGCAUCUUCCUUGGAUAGUGCUGGAAGUAGUGAUGGAGCACUCAAUAUGGAAAGAGAUAGUGGAGGCUAUGGCAGUGUCGGAAGUCCUAUUGGUGGUCCUGAAUGUUGUAGUGAUUACGAUGGUUUGCAAGCUCAAUGUGAUCAGGCCAUGCAUCAACUUCAACUACUUAGGCAUAAGCACUCCGAUACUAUAAGACGGUGUGAACAUACUAUGAAGGAAUUGGAAUACUAUCGAGGUCAGCAUAUACCAGUCAUGAAUCAGUUGGAGGCAACAUCACAGGAAAGCUCUGCUUUGCGGGGCAAAUAUGGAGAUUUAAUAAAUGAUAAGCAACGUCUUGACCGAGAAGUUCAAGCAUUGCAGAAGGAAGUGUCUGAAUUAAGAUCUCAAAAUCAAGAAGUUCUUGUUUCUGAUGCUACUAAUAGUGACACUAUGAAUCAACAUUAUUUAUCAGCUCUUCGAAAAUAUGAAGCCGUCAAAGACGAAUAUGACGCACUUAGAAAACGGUAUGAUGAUUUAAUAUCAUCGCAUUCGUCAGCUGUUAAUAAGUUGGAACUAUCACAAGAAGAGGCUGCCAGAUUGAAAAAACAGUAUGACGACGUUGUGCAGGAACGCAAUAGCGCUGUUCGUGAACGAAAUGGUUUAAAGCAACAAUGUACUGCUGCCAUUAGGCAGUGGGACAUUGCAUUGAGAGAAAGAAAUGAAUAUCGUGAAGCCUUAGCUAAAGUGCAGCAACAGCAUGAAGAAGCAGUAAAGGAAAUCAACCAUGCAAUGGUGUUACGUAUGAAGGCCAGCAAAGAUAUGAAACGAUUAACAGAGGAAAGAAAUGCUGCAUUACAAGAAUACAGUUUAAUUAUGGGUGAGCGAGAUACAGUACAUAAGGAGAUGGAAAAACUUGGGGAUGACCUUACACAAGCAUAUACAAAAAUCACAUAUUUCGAAAAUCAGAAUAAGCAAUUAAUGGAAGAGAAAAAAGCUUUAUCCUAUCAAAUUGAAACUCUACGAAGGGAAAUUUCAUCUGCCUUGCAAGAUCGAGACGAAGCUUUAAAGCAGUGUAACGAGUUGCGUCAGAAGUUUGGUGAUUACUCCGAGGGUUCGAACCGAGAUCAUAAAAAUCGUAUGGAAUUGCGUUCGUAUAAUCAUGAACGAGAUAAUUCAAAUAAAGAAUCUGAAAGAGAGAAUAAUGCGGCAGAUUAUACUAAACGAGAUAAAGAACGUAUGGAUAACUUGGAUCAGGCGAAUUUGGAGUUGGAUAAACUCAGGAAAUCCGCAGAUAAAUUGCACGCGGAACUCGAGGAGGCCCUUCAGGAGGCGGAGGUGUCGAAACGAAGAAGGGAUUGGGCUUUCAGCGAGAGAGAUAAAAUAGUGUUAGAAAGGGAAAGUAUUAGAACUUUAUGUGAUAGAUUAAGGAAAGAACGCGAUCGUGCGGUGUCGGAGUUAGCGGGUGCUUUACGUGAUUCUGAUGAUAUUAAAAAGCAAAGGAACGAGGCGUCAAAGGAGCUGAAGGAUCUUAAGGAAAAGAUUGAAUCUGGUGAUCACGCAUUGAGAGCAAGUCAAUUCGUGCAAGGUUUAACGCAUUCCCAUGAUUCUGCAAUUGAUACCGAUAUCAACGAUUGGGAAAUUCUUACCGUUCAUUUUGAUCUCAAUCGACUUUGUUUGGAUACAGACCGUGAUUUGGGAUUGACAUUGGUUGGAGGUCGCGACAGUCCGUAUUAUCCAAACGAUACAGGAAUUUACGUUGCUCAAGUUGCAUCGGGUAGUGUUGCUGAUAGUAAAUUGAGAGUGAAUGAUUGCAUUGUGCGAGUGAACAACGUCGAUUGCACAUCUGUUUCUACGCGGGUAAUCAUGGAAACUUUGCGUGCUUGUUCGGUGGCAUCAGCUACGUUCACAGUUAGACGACGACGAGUUACUAGGAGAUCAUUAAGGACAACGCAAUUACCGGUUGGAUCAGUUCCUCAUGGUAUCUCUUUAGAACUUGCAGUGUACAUUUCGAAAAUAUCUCCUGGCAGUUUAGCUGCUAAGGAUGGUAAUCUUGCUGUUGGAGAUAGAGUUCUAAAUAUUAAUAGUAAAGCAAUGGAAGGUAUAAAUUCCAGUCACGAAGCGAUGACAAUUUUAAAUGAAACGAGCACAGAUGUACUAACAAUUACAACUCUGAAAGGGAUACCAUUACCUUCUACUACUAGUUCCGAGACAAUCACUAUAGAUGAUAGUUUUGGUACAGAAAAACAAAAAAUGGUUAACAGUUGUUCACAAACUGAACAAGAAAGGAUGAUGUUGAAAACAGUGUCGGACGAUUACGACAGGCGAUAUAUUGCAGCAAACUUUGGUGAUAGAAGUGUUUACAAAAUUUCGAAGUCGGUUAAUAGUGAAAAGCCAAGUGGUAUUAGUAAUGCUUGGGAUAACUUACGGGAGAAAAUCGACAUAGUACGAGGACGUAAACAUAGUAAGGAUCGAGAAGAAAAGAAGAAACGACAUCGUAAUUCCAGUCCAAAUACUUUCGAGCAAGAGCAGGAUGCGAUAGCAGAAUUAGAUUCGGUGAUAGAGAGCUACCACAAGAAAGCAAAUAAUGGAGUAUUGAAACGAAGUAAGCGACGCGGAACCGAGAAAGUCGAGAAAAAUGGAGGUACGUGGCCGAAAGCCAGAGGUGGACCUCUAAUACAAAAUGGCACCGGUACUAUUUUACAUCCACGUAAGACAAAAGAAAGGCUGCCCUUAAGUGUUCUCCUUAACCAACCGCCCAAGUAUGACAGUUAUAAUUAUAAUCGUAUUUCUAAUCCUAUCCCCUUAACCAGUUUUUCUAAUGUGAAUAAUCGGCAUACAGUUUAUAAAUCCGUAGAAAAACCAUUACCAAAUUUCCUUAAAACUGGACAAUUAUUUAGUCAGAAAUCCUUUACUCCAGUGGUGCAGUUCAAAGAUACUCCGCUAGAUAAGAAACCGACAACUGAAUUCGAGAACACGGAAAGUAGACUCAGUUCUACGCUGACACCGUCCGAAACUAGCAUUGACUUUUCCUUGAAGUCUGGUAAUACGGGAAAAGACGUAGAAUAUUUCUCGAAGAAGGGGGCGCAAAAGUAUAUUCCUAGCAACGACAGCCAAGUAGAGACAUUGCAGCAUAAUAGAGCCCAAUCCCAACUCUAUUCCGGGGCCGGAUCGUCAACUUCGUCGACCAGCGGCACGAGGCAGCAGUUAACUGGUAAUUUUUCAUUUCCUCCCUAUACGCAUUCGCAUCCGCAUCCCCAUCAACAAAACUCUUUACCUUCGAGAUACCCUUCCCCGCCAUCUUUGCCGUCUGCACAGUCCGGGGAGUCGAUAGGGCUUCCUGAUGCACGAUCUUACUGUUUCGAACCUUCGUAUAGCCCUGGCCCGCAAGCAGGAUUCGGGCAUUUGCACACACCCUCUGUAGAUUUGCAUUAUCACAAAUCUCGCGCUCCACCGAUCGGCACCACAUAUGACGUACCGGCAUACACGCAUGGCUACGAAGGUGGAACGUUUCCAAGAAAAAAGGAAAAUCAACGUUUUCGAAUACCGUCAAAUCCUAGUGUGACAUCAAAAAGCAGCGUGGGUAAAUUGUCCACCGGCAGUAUAGAAAGGACAUCGGAAAGAGGCAGCCCGAUGCCGACAUUCCACGUGGAAGUACUUAGUCCGGGUACCGGAGGUAGAAAUAACUCUGGUGGAACAGUCAGAGGAAGUAGUAGCAAUAAACGCGCCAGCAUGCCAGACUAUUGUUAUUCUCAACCAAGACCAGCACCUGGAGAACUUCGGAGAGUUCAUAUAGACAAAUCGGUCGAACCGUUAGGUAUCCAAAUCUCUUGUUUGGAAAGUGGUGGCGUGUUCGUCUCUACUGUUAGUGAACACAGUUUAGCAUCUCAAGUCGGUCUCCAAAUUGGCGAUCAGUUGCUCGAAGUCUGUGGUAUCAACAUGAGAAGUGCCACUUAUCAACUUGCUGCCAAUGUGUUGCGUCAGUGCGGUAAUUCCAUUACGAUGCUGGUGCAGUACAGUCCGGACAAAUACAACGAAUUAGAAGGAUCUGGUUCUUCGAGUUCGUCGGAAGCUGGUGGUGCUGAGGGCGGUAGUCGUAGUGGAUCACCGACACCGUGUAAUAGCCCAGAAGCAUCUAGAAAAACAACAGUCGAGCCCCUGGAGAAUUCAGAACCUGAACGCGAUGCUUCUAGUAGCUUAAGUGCGCAGCGUGAUACGUCGAAUACUUUGAACAUCAUGCGCGAAACUUCAAAUACAUUGGAACCACCUCGCACCAUUCGAGAAAGAGACAUUAGGAAUUCUGCAUCUUUGGAAGUACGAGGCACGCAAGAAAGAGAGCGAGAAAUUAGAGCAUCGGCGUCUUUAGAUAUUAAUAUUAGAAAAUCGGAACUUCGAAGUUCAGCAACAUUAGAUAAUAUGCGUAAUUCGGCAACUCUUGAUACGUUACGUGGUCCUGCCAACACGUUCACUCGCGCACAGUUAAAUCAGACUGCAACUACAUUGCAACGACAAAACGCUACCGUGAGAAGUCCAACGCAAGAGGAACAAAAUCGUAAAAGUCCACCACCGAAUGAGCCCAGGUACCUAUUUAUUGAGACAAGAAAGUGUUCGAAUUUGGGUAUUUCGCUCGUGGGUGGAAACGGCGUUGGAAUAUUCGUACAUUCGGUACAACUGGGUUGUCUUGCGGAAGAGGCAGGCCUACGUACCGGUGAUCGUAUCUUAGAAUAUAACGGUGUAGAUCUUAGGCAAGCAACCGCGGAACAAGCGGCUUUGGAAUUGGCUAGGCCAGCGGAUAAAGUGACGUUGAUUGCUCACUACGUACCUGAAAGGUAUAAUGAAGUGAAAGAUAAACCCGGAGACAGCUUUUAUGUAAAAGCAAUGUUCGAUCGCGUGGGUGAAGUAGGAGAUAGCCUACAGCUUAGAUUUAAUAAAGAUGAUAUUUUGUAUGUCGACAAUACUAUGUUUAACGGCACUCCAGGACAUUGGAGAGCUUGGUUAGUUGAUCAAACUGGAAGACGACAAACCUGCGGAAUAAUCCCGAGCAAAUUUAAGGUCGAAGAAGAGUUGCUUUUACGGCGUUCAUUGGGCGAUUUAGAAACAGAUACCACUAGACGCGGUAGCACUAGUGCAAGACGGAGCUUUUUCCGCCGAAAGAAACAUCAACGUUCUUCUAGCAGGGAUAGCAAAGAGUUAUCACAUCUUACGGGAGUUAAUUUGGGUUGGUAUAGUGACAGUGGAGCAUUGAACGAGGAAACUCUUCCAGCGAGUUACCAACGUGUCGAAAGAUUAGACUAUCCAGCGUUAAGACCGAUACUAAUUAUUGGACCGCUAAGCGAAUGUGUGGUGACAAAACUCUUGCAAGAAUUUCCGGGGCAAUACACCAGGUGUCUUGCAGAAGCUAUGCAUUGUUCCCAAUCGACGCUCGAACAAGGUCUGCGUGACGCACUUUAUGUAGACUACAGAAAAAAAGGAAGCUAUUUCGAGUGCACUACGGUACAAGCAGUCAAGGACAUCUGUGAGAAGAAUACUCAUUGCAUUUUGGAUGUAUCGAUCGCAUCGAUUGAACGGCUUCACCGACAUCAAAUCUAUCCAAUAGUAUUAUUGAUCAAAUUCAAGAGUACGAAACAAAUUAAAGAAGUGAAGGAUUCCAGAUAUCCAAGUGAUAAAGUAAGUGCUAAAGCUGCAAAAGAAAUGUACGAGCAAGCACUGAAAUUUGAGGCCGAAUAUAGGCAUUAUAUUUCUGCUGUAAUUCCUGCCGGAGUGAAUGUAGCGUACAUAUGUACGCAAGUGAAAUCUGCUGUCGAUGAAGAACAAAGCAAAGCGCUGUGGGUUCCUAGAGGGCUUCCCUGACGUUUAAGGGGGGGCCCCCAUAAACCGCAGUGGAAAUCAAUUUAAAUUCCACCAG